ACAUACAAUAUCCGAUAGGCGAAUGCGCCUCUAGUAUUGUGCAGUUUUGGGUUCUUUCCAUGUUGUUCGAUGUAACGACACGAUGGGUAUUUCUCGGGAUCAUUGGCAUAAAAGACGAGCUACUGGUGGGAAGAGAAAGCCUCUUCGUAAGAAGAGGAAGUUUGAAUUAGGACGUCCAGCUGCAAAUACCAAGCUUGGACCGCAGCGAAUUCAUACUGUCCGUACACGAGGAGGUAAUAAAAAAUACAGAGCUCUUAGAUUGGAUACAGGAAAUUUUUCCUGGGGCUCUGAAUGCAGUACCAGAAAAACUCGUAUCAUUGAUGUUGUUUACAACGCAUCAAACAAUGAAUUAGUAAGAACCAAAACUUUGGUGAAAAAUGCCAUUGUCACUAUUGAUGCCACGCCAUUCAGACAAUGGUACGAAGGUCAUUAUGUUCUCCCAUUGGGUCGUAAAAGAGGUGCUAAACUGACCGAAGCUGAGGAGGAAGUAUUGAAUAAAAAGCGUUCCAAGAAGGCAGAAACUAAAUACAAAGCUAGGCAGCGAUUUGCCAAAGUUGAACCUGCUUUGGAAGAACAAUUUGCAACGGGACGUGUCCUUGCUUGCAUAGCGAGCAGACCUGGCCAAUGUGGUAGAUCUGAUGGUUACAUCUUGGAAGGCAAAGAACUUGAGUUCUAUAUGAGGAAGAUUAAAAGCAAGAAAGCUAAAUAAGUUUAUAAUUAUGGGCCAUUAAUAAAAAAAACAUCUUGAAAUACAAAAA